CGCAAAGCCAUAUUGUCUUUCACACAUGGAACGGGCCCAGGUCCUGACCCACUUGCAAUGCAAUGGGAUAUGGCGACUACACACAGGUCCGAGUGGAACCAAAAAGUCAUUGAUUUACUCUGCACCCAGUAUACAACUUUGCAAGCAAUCAACCAAUGGUCUAGGCGAUCCCCUCAAUCAAUCAAAGAUGAUAUCAUAAUGAAAUUCAGUCAAUGCCGCAGGUGUUGGAGAAAGGCUCAGCCUCUCAGCCUCAGCGACGGUACUUGCGAGACCAUGCAACAAGUGGGAGAUCGACUCGUGGAUCAGAUGAAUGAGCGACUGCGGCUUGCUAGGGUCAUCACUCGCAGGGCGACGGUCAUCACGUUGACGCUACUGAGUGAUAGGAAUGCGACAGGGAAGGAUGAUAAGGCUGUGUGGGCGUAUCUACAAUCUAUUGUGGAGAAUCUUGGCAAAGAUGGCAUGAGCUCUGACGAGAGUGAGCACGAAGAUGGAGAUCUUCAGGUCUUUCAUCAGAAGAGUAUGCCAUGGAGGGCAGAUUUCAGUCACGAGAUGCAGAUUAUUGACCAACAGCGUUUGACAGGUGCCUCGAUCUUC